AGACAUAAAAAGUCUGAGCUUCUAGAUAACAGGAGUGAUUACUGAAUACCUAAUAAAAUGGCCAAGUUCUCUUGUCUUGUUUUGUGCGUGGUGGCUGCGAGCUUGGGUAGCAUUCACGUCGCUAAAGGCGAGUCUCUCCGGGAGUCUUUGAGACCGGUGAUAGUGGCGUGCUCUCAAGAGCAUGGAGUCACUGACGCCGAGAUCCAGGCUGCUAAGGACGCGGGCAGCCCUGCUAACAUCAAACCUUGCUUCAUCGCCUGUGUAUUCAAGAAAGCUGGAUUCAUCAAUGAGCAAGGUCAAUUAGACCUGGAAACUGGAUUGAAGAACCUCAGGCAGUUUGUGAAGGAUGAUGAACAAUACAAAAAACUGGAAGAGGUUGCAAAAAAAUGUUCACAAGUGAAAGAUAAGGCAGUGAGUGAUGGAGCAGCUGGAUGCGAGAGAGGUGUUCUCCUGGCUGGUUGCUUCUUGGAGCAUAAGACUAGUAUCAUCAUCUAAACGGAUUUCAGCCCGGACCUACUACGAUUGGGGCUAGAAUUAUUCUGCAGCAAUCAAAAAACCACUUCAACUAUUUUGAAGCACAAUCUAUAACUUGUAUUAUAACACAAACAUCUGAUAAAUAAAUACUAUAUAGAACGUGCUUUGACUAAGUAAAAUUCUUGUCACUAUCGCACUUAUUGAUUUCUUUAUGUGCAAGACAGAGAUGGAGAAUUUUAUUAGUCAAAAAACGAAUUAACUUGUGUUUAUUUUGUGCUCCUAAUCUGCAGUGAAAAUCAUCAGCCCCAUUGCUUUGUUUAAUUUGAAUAAAUUCAAUAUUUUCAA